AUGCCAGCUUCUGGAAAUGGCAAUCUGAACGAAUCUGCCAAUGGAUCCACUCCCAUAUUGGGCGGUAGUGUUUUUUCUCCUUCUAGGAAUAACAGUAUUGGAGCCACGCCCAAUACUGCACUCAAAGACUUUGUACUACAGGCUAAAGGCCAUACUGUUAUUACAAAGGUAUUGAUCGCAAACAAUGGCAUGGCUGCUGUCAAAGCCAUCCGAUCUAUUCGUAAAUGGUCUUAUGAAACUUUUGGAAAUGAACGUUUGAUUGAGUUCACGGCCAUGUGCACUCCCGAAGAUCUAAACAUGAACGCAGAGUAUGUGCGCAUGGCUGAUCAUUACAUUGAAGUGCCUGGCGGUACUGCCAACAACAAUUACUCGAAUGUGCAACUGAUUGUUGAUGUGGCUGAAAGAACUCAUGUUCAUGCCGUUUGGGUCGGUUGGGGAUUUGCCUCUGAGAAUCCUGUGCUUGUGGAGAAACUGGCUUUGUUAAACCCUGCUGUUGUCUUUAUUGGCCCUCCUGCCUCUGCAAUGAGGUCUUUGGGCGAUAAGAUUGCUUCAACUAUUGUGGCCCAAUCUGCAAAUGUUCCUUGUGUGCACUGGAGUGGUGAUGGCAUUACUAUCGAUACCGAGCAGUCUACAGGCAAAACCGCUUGCGCAACAGUUCCUGAAGACAAAUACCAUCAGGCCACUACCCACGAUGUUAACGAGGGUCUGAUGCAUGCCAAACGUAUUGGAUUUCCCGUCAUGAUCAAGGCAAGUGAGGGUGGUGGUGGAAAAGGAAUUCGUUUGGUAGACGACGAGGUUGCAUUUGCUUCGUCAUUUGUCCAGGUUCAGCGCGAAGUGCCCGGAUCUCCCAUUUUCAUCAUGUGCGUAGUGAGCAAUGCUCGCCAUCUGGAAGUCCAGCUGCUUGCUGACGCCUAUGGUAACGCGAUUGCUCUUUUUGGUCGUGACUGCUCUGUUCAGCGUCGUCAUCAAAAGAUUAUUGAAGAAGCUCCAAUCUCGGUUGCACCACCAGAGAUUCUGUCACAUAUGGAGCGAUCUGCUGUCCGGUUGGCUAAACUUGUUGGAUACGUCAGCGCUGGCACUGUCGAGUAUCUAUAUGAGCCCCAUACCCAAAAAUACUAUUUCUUAGAACUCAAUCCUCGUCUACAGGUAGAGCACCCUACUACAGAAAUGGUUUCUGGUGUCAAUAUUCCGGCUGCCCAGUUGCAGAUUGCUAUGGGUAUCCCGCUCAGUAACAUCAAAGAUAUUCGCAUUCUAUAUGGUCUUACUCCCACUGGCUUAUCUGAUAUUGAUUUUGACUUUGAAUCUCCAGCAUCGUUGCAAAUUCAGCGCAAACCAUCUCCUCGUGGACAUGUUAUUGCCACUCGUAUCACUGCAGAGAAUCCUGAUGCUGGAUUCAAACCCAACAGUGGAAAGGUGCUUGAACUCAAUUUCCGUAGCAACAGCAAUGUCUGGGGUUACUUUUCUGUCAAUUCUUCUGGAGGUGUGCACGAAUACGCUGACUCGCAAUUUGGUCAUAUUUUUUCAUAUGGUGAGAGCAGAGACGACGCACGCAAAAACCUUAUCAUGGCACUCAAGGAAAUUUCUAUUCGUGGUGACUUUCGCACAACUGUCGAGUAUCUUAUAAAACUGCUCGAAACUGAGGUGUACGUUUCCAACACGUUCACUACCCAAUGGCUAGAUGCUCGUAUUGCCAAGCAUGUUGAAAUUCAACGACCAGAUACAAUUCUGACUGCUAUUUGUGGUGCAGUGGCCAAGGCAUAUGGACAGUUUACCAAAAACACUCUCGAGUAUCGUACCGCUCUUGAAAAGGGCCAAACACCUCCCACAUUACUUCUCAAGACUUCCUUUUCUGUACAGUUUAUUCUUGACAAUGUGCAGUACAACAUGCAUGUUGCUUUGACUGGCCCGGAAAACUAUGUCGUGACUGUAAACAAGUCAUCCGUGGAAGUCCAUGCAAAACCACUGGCUGACGGUGGAUUACUACUACUACUGGAUGAUCAUAGUCAUUUGGUGUACGCCAAUGAGGAGUCCCAUGUGACGCAUCUCUUGGUGGAUGCCAAAACAUCUCUUUUGGAAAAGGAGAACGACCCAACAAAACUACGCUCUCCAUCUCCUGGAAAACUUGUGCGAUACUUGGUUGCUGAUGGACAUCAACUCAAGAGCGGUGAUGCCUAUGCAGAGAUUGAAGUCAUGAAAAUGUACAUGCCUUUAUUGGCAUCUGAAAGCGGUAUUGUCAAGUUCAUCAAACCUGCUGGUUCAUCUCUUUCGUCUGGUGAUAUCAUUGGUACUCUGGUGUUGGAUGACCCUGCUCGUGUUCAGCGUGCAACUGUGUUUGAAGAUCCUUUGCCCGUAAUUGGUGCCCCAACUGUUGUGGGCGACAAGGUCCACCAGCAAUACAAAUAUGUACGAUCGUCUAUCGAAGCUAUUUUGGAUGGUUACGAACCCUCUACUGAUGCUGGAUUGCUGGUAAAACGUCUUGAUACGCUUUUAGCUGACAAGGAUCUUCCCCAGCUUGAAUUUACUGAAGUUCUUGGCGCUCUCGUUGGACGUAUUCCUGCUGGCUUAGGUGAUGCUUUGCUUAAAAUAGUAAACGAAUACCAUGCUUCUGGUGACCCGGAUGUGUUUCCCGCUGACUCACUUCGUCAUUUAAUUGAUGUUGCCGUAAAUGACAUGCCUAUUGAUGAGCGUAUCCUCUUUACGGGUAUCAUUGUUUCAGUUCAGAACGUAAUUGAUACUUAUGCUGGUGGUCUCACUUUGCAUGCCAACGCUGUGUUUAUGAAGUUACUAGACCGUUACAUUUCUGUAGAGUCUAUUUUCAAUUCUGCUCGUUACGAAACUGCUAUUUUGGAUUUGCGUGACAAGCACAAGAGCGAUCUCAUGGUGGUUCAACAGCUUGCACUUGCUUCAUCCAAGGCCGACACUCGCUGCGAGAUGGUGUUGGAGCUGUUAAAUACCGUGCGCAGUGACUGUGAAGAAAUCAAGCAGGUUUUUAUGCCAUAUCUUGAAUCUCUUGCUGAUUUCAAGGGACGUUCUACUGCCAAGGUUUCUCUCAAGGCUCGCGAGUUGCUGAUUUAUUUCCAGCUUCCCAGUGCCGAGGAGCGUCGUGCCAUUAUGCUAACUCAACUUCGUGGCGGUAUCAAGUCUCGUCGCACUGACGGUAUUGCUGGAGAUGCUAAUCUACAGUUUGAUUACUCUGCUUUAACCAAGUUGAUCAUGGCCCAGCAAUCGAUUCUUGAUGUGCUUCCCAGUUUCUUUUACGAUGCAGACGAGGGGAUUCGCGCAAUUGCCCUGUAUACAUAUGUUUUACAUACAUACCAGGCAUACUCGAUUACUUCUAUUAAGCAACAUCUUGGUGGAUCGCCUACUGUUUUUACGUGGGAGUUUGUAUUAAGACAGGCUCAGGGAACUUCAUCUACUGCUUUAACUCGCAUCAGUUCUCUUGGUAGUUUCAGAGAUCUACGCUCUCUAAAUUAUGGAUCUGAUUUUGCUACUCCUCGUCGUGGUGCUAUUUGUGCAUUCGAAUCUGUGGAUCAACUCUGCACUCAUUUGCCUCGUAUUCUAGCCGAGUAUGGUGUAUCAAAGUCUACUACAGAAAUGGACAAUCGAAGCAUCUCUGAUGUUUGGAACAUUGCCAUUCGGGAUGAUUCGGGAAGUUAUACUGAUAAGGAAAUACACGGUAUUCUACACACCACUAUUGCUAAAUGUCAUGCUGAGCUUCGUCAAAGUUUUGUUCGUCGUAUCACCAUCAUGGUGGUUCGAUUUGGCCAAUUUCCUCGCUACUUUACUUUCAAGGCCACUCGAAAUUACUUUGAAGAUGCCCUGCUUCGUCACAUUGAGCCUGCUAUGGCCUAUCAGCUCGAGUUUGAGAGUUUGCAAAACUUUGAUGUAAAACCAUGCUUUGUCGAUAACCGUCGUUUGCAUAUUUACUAUGGCGUAGGGAAAAAAAACACAUCUGAUGUACGCUUCUUUAUCCGUGCAAUCAUGUACCCAGGACAUAUCCUUUCUAACAUGCGCACUCACGACUUUUUGGUUUCGGAAGGCAAUCGCAUUUUGACGGAUGUGCUAGAUGCUCUGGAGCUUUUAUCUGCCACGCAUCCUAAUACGGACUGCAAUCAUUUGUUUUUAAACAUCAUCCCUACUUUCCAGCUUGACCUGGAUGAAAUGGAGUCUUCUUUACGCAGUUUUGUUGAGCGUCACGGAAAGCGAUUGUUUAAAUUGCGUGUAACAACUGCCGAAGUAAGAUUUUUGCGCAAGAUUCCUGGAUCCGACAUUAUUCAACCUGUGCGAUUUGUUGUUUCCAGCCACUCUGGAUAUGUAAUGCAAGUGCAGGCAUACCAGGAAGUACUGGAUGUGACAGGAUUUAAAAAACUGGUUUCAUUGCUGUCGCCACCUGGACCUAUGCAUAACCAACCUGUAAGCUCCCCUUACGCUCCCAAGGAAGCUAUUCAGCCCAAGCGAUACAAGGCACAUUUGAUGGGUACCACAUAUGUAUAUGAUUUCCCUGAGCUGUUUCGCCGUACUCUGGAAAAAACAUGGCAAAAAUAUGCUGGGGCUCAAGGUAUCAAGCCUCCGACAACCGUCAUGUCUGCUACAGAAUUGGUCCUUGAUGCACAAAACAAGCUAGAGCCUACUUAUAGGCCUCCUGGAUCUAACACGUGCGGUAUGGUUGUGUGGGAGCUUGAGCUACGCACUCCAGAGUAUCCCGAAGGCCGUCAUAUUAUUAUUAUUUCCAACGACAUCACAUUCAAUAUUGGUUCAUUUGGACCCACUGAAGAUCUCGUUUUCUUCAAGGCAUCCGAAUAUGCUCGUAAGCGUGGUAUUCCUCGUAUCUAUAUCUCUGCCAACUCUGGUGCACGAAUUGGUCUUGCUGAAGAAGUUGCAAGCCGGUUCCAGAUUGCUUGGAUUGACUCUUCAAAUCCAGUCAAAGGAUUUGAUUAUCUCUAUUUGUCAGAGUCUGAUUACGAGCUAUUGAAACGAGAUGCAGCAUCCAAGCGCCAACCUCCUCCUGUUGAAGUCGAAAAGCUGAUUGUUGAUGAUACUGUACGUUACAAGCUGACUACUGUUAUUGGUCAAACCCACGGCAUUGGUGUUGAAAAUCUGCAAGGAUCAGGAAUGAUUGCUGGUGAGACUUCGCGUGCAUACGAAGAAAUUUUCACCCUUACGCUCGUUACUUGCAGAUCGGUUGGUAUUGGCGCGUAUCUUGUGCGUCUUGGUCAACGUGUGAUUCAAGUCGAGUACACUCCAAUUAUCCUUACGGGUGUUGGAGCUUUGAACAAGGUUCUUGGACGAGAGGUGUAUACCUCAAACCUACAGCUUGGCGGCACUCAGAUCAUGCAUCGUAAUGGCAUAUCUCAUCUUGUGGCUGAAAACGAGAUGGAGGGUGUCAACGAAAUUCUCCGGUGGUUGGAGUAUGUUCCCAAACAUCGCGACGCUCCUCUUCCUGUUGUUGCACCUUCAGAUCCUGUCGAUCGCCCAAUUGAUAUUCCUAUUCCCUCUGGUGCAUAUGACCCAAGAACUUUAUUAUGUGGUACUGAGGAUCCUGAUAAGGGAUGGAUGAGCGGAUUCUUUGAUAAGGAGUCAUUUACCGAAACUUUGUCUGGAUGGGCUAAAGGUGUUGUUGUUGGUCGUGCACGUCUGGGUGGUAUUCCCGUUGGUGUGAUUGCAGUUGAAACACGUACUACAGAGCAUAUUGUGUGGGCCGAUCCAGCCGUGGAGUCUUCCCAGGAGCAAACCAACAUGGAGGCAGGACAAGUGUGGUAUCCCAACUCUGCUUUCAAAACUGCUCAAGCCAUCAAAGACUUUAAUAAUGGCGAGCAACUGCCACUUAUGAUUUUUGCCAACUGGCGCGGUUUUUCUGGUGGUCAAGGCGACAUGUACAAGGAAAUUCUCAAAUUUGGAGCUUAUAUUGUCGACUCUUUGCGUACUUACAAACAGCCUGUGUUUAUAUACCUUAUUGGUGAACUGCGUGGCGGUGCAUGGGUAGUAGUGGAUCCCACGAUUAACUCUGACAUGAUGGAGAUGUAUGUGUCGGAAGAUGCUCGUGGUGGUGUUCUUGAGCCCGAGGGUAUUGUUGAGAUUAAAUUCCGUAAGCCACAGCUCAUUGCCGCUAUUCAGAGAUUGGAUGAGCCAUUCCGUGACCUCAAGAAACAGUUGGAUAAAGCUACUACAAGUGAAGAGCGCACCGCUAUUCAACGCAAUCUGGAUGCACGAGAAAAAGUGCUGCUACCCAUUUACCAGCAAGCUGCAGUGCAGUUUGCUGAUCUGCAUGAUAAGCCUUAUCGUAUGCUUGCCAAACAAGUUGUAAAGCAUAUUGUGCCAUGGCGUGAGUCGCGUGGAUUUUACUACUGGCGUCUUAUGCGUCGUAUUUCGGAAAUCAGUGUUGUCAAAUCAAUCCGUCAAGCUAUGGGACCCAAUGAUGUGUCCUAUUCUGAUGCUCUGUUCCAUCUUAAUACGUGGUUUGGUGAAUUUUCUGGCAGGUUGAACAAUAUGAUGUCUGGCCAGAUAGCUGAUAAUGCUUUUAGAUCUGGCGGAGUUUCUGGCACUGCGCAACCUCACGCUUACUCUGGUACAAUGGCUCUAGCUUCGGGUGCCGCAGGCAGUACUCAGGAAGGUCGCGAUGUGGACGUUGUCAGGUGGAUCCAUCAGUCUCGAAACACGAUUGAUGAGAAUAUUGCUCGACUGACUAUGGAGCGUCAAGCUACGGAAGCCAAGAGACUUGCUGUUGACUCGCCUACUGCUAUUCUGGAUGCAUUUUUGGGUAUGGCCUCUGGACUUGAUGCGGAAGCUAAACGCAAAGUCAUCGAAGCACUCUCAAAUAACUGAUUUUUUGUGUUUGAUUGGGGUGUGGGUUGUCUGUGACACUGCUAUUUGAGGCAUUAUAAAAUGAAACAUCUUGACAUUCAUUAU